AUGACCACUGAAACUAAAGAAGAGAAGCCGCUCCAUUUGGAGCAAGUCCAGCCUCAAGACGUUGAAUGUGUGGGAAAGAUAGAGCAGCCCAUCCAAGUCUCAGCGACUGAGGAAGCUCUUAUCCGGAAGAAGUUCGACCGCCGUGUUCUUCCGAUAGUCUGUAUCCUUUACGUAUUGUCCUACUUGGAUAGAGGAAACAUCGGCAAUGCUAAAACCGCCGGCAUCGACAAGGACCUCGGGCUAAGCGACUCGCAAUGGGCCUGGGUCUUGAAUGCCUUCUAUAUCUGCUAUGUGCUCUUCGAAUGGACCACUGUGUUCUGGAAGCUUUUCCCUGCCCACAUCUACAUCACCGCGCUAUGUAUCUGCUGGGGUGCAGCGGCUAUGUGUGCUGGUGCAGUCAAUAAUAUGGCGGAAUUGGUUGUUUGUCGAUGCCUCCUGGGAGUGUUCGAGGCCGCGUUUGGAGCCGGUGCGCCCUACUUCCUGUCAAUGUUUUAUCAACGACGGGAACUCGGGUUUCGUAUCUCAUUCCUACUGGGAAUGUCCCCGGUUGCCAACUGUUUUGCCAGCGCUCUCGCCUACGGGAUAACGCAUAUAAAGCAUUCGACGAUGGAAUCAUGGCGGUUUUUGUUCAUUAUCGAGGGCGCGCCCACUGUCCUAUUUGCGAUAGUUGUCUUCUUCUUCCUCCCCGACUCCCCCGGUACCGCGAAGUUCCUCUCCGAGACUGAACAGACCACUGCGACUGAGCGUCUUCAGACAAUCGACCGUACAGCUAAAAACAGACUUGACAUUGGUCAAGUUCUUGCCGGGUUGACCGACUACAAGAACUACGUACAUACCCUGAUCCAUUUCUGCUGCAACUACUCCUUUGCGGGCCUCUCGAAUUUUCUCCCCACAAUUAUCCAGCACAUGGGAUACACGUCGAUCAACGCCCAAGGGCUUGCGGCUCCCCCAUACUUCGUCUCAUUUCUAUUCUGCGUGGGCGCGGCCAUAUUCUCCGACCGUUAUGGAAAAAGAGGUCUUGUGAUCGUGUUCUUCUCUACCAUUGGAAUGGUCGGGUACUUGAUUCUUGCGGCCGUGCAGGACGAGAACAAGGUCGGGCCCCGGUAUCUUGGAGUCUGGCUGGCUACAUGCGGUGUCUUCCCUGCGCUCUGUAUCAACAUAACUUGGCUAUUGAACAACCAGGGGGGCGACUCUAAGAAGGGAGCUGGCAUGGCUCUGCUGGCAGUGUUCGGGCAGUGCUCGAGUUUCGUCAGUAGUACUGCGUUUCCUGACUCGGAAGGUCCUAUUUACAUCCGAGGCUGUGCCGUUGGAUGCGCGUUGACGGGGUGUAUUGCGCUUAUGGCAGGAGGGUUGUACUUGAAGUUGAACCACGAGAACAAAAAGCGAGAUAGGCUUUAUGGGCCAGUGACUCACGAUAUACGCGUCGAUGUGACGAAGGACGGUGAUGCAAAUCCUCAGUUCCGCUACUUGGUUUAG